UGGAUUGCUCACGCCUCCCCGGCGCGGAGCUCGAUUGAGACGGCCCUUCCCUCAGCGGCAGGGCCGGGCCGGGCCGCUGCCGCUGGGGCCCGCCGCGAUGCUGCGCUGGCUGAUCGGGGGCGGCCGGGAGCCGCAGGGCCUGGCGGAGAAAUCAUCUGUACAGACCAUUGGUGAAGAACAAAUACAAAAUCCUUACACGGAGCUCCUUGUGUUGAAAGGUCAUCAAGAUAUAGUACGAUUUCUAGUACAAAUAGAUGAUUGCAGGUUUGCAUCUGCAGGAGAUGAUGGAAUCAUAUUUCUGUGGAAUGCUCAGACUGGAGAGAAACUUUUUGAACUUCACGGACAUACACAAAAAAUUACAGCUAUAGCACCGUUUUCUUCAUCAGAUGAUUCUGAAGAAAAAAGUAAUUUGAUUUUAACAGCAUCAGCUGAUAAAACAGUUAUUGUUUGGGACUGCACUACUGGCAGACAGGUUCAAAAAGUGUCAUGUUUCCAUUCUACAGUAAAGUGUUUGACAGUUCUUCAAAGACUGGAUGUAUGGUUGUCUGGAGGGGGUGAUCUAUGUGUUUGGAACCGAAAAUUAGAUCUCUUGUGUAAGACCAGUCAUCUUACUGAUGCAGGCAUCAGUACUUUGGUUGAAUUGCCUAAAAAUUGUGUUGCGGCUGCUGUUGGCAAAGAGCUAAUCAUUUUUAGGUUGAUUGCUUCCAGUGAUAAGUCUGAAGGUUGGAAUAUCCUUGAAGUAAAACGCCUUGUUGACCAUCAUGAUAACAUCUUGUCAUUGUGUUUCCGGUUGAGGCUAAGACAUGGUUUGCUGUGUCUGAGAGAUUUGACUUUUGUGACAGGUUCACAUGUGGGUGAGUUAAUAGUUUGGGAUGCAAUUGACUGGACAAAGCAGGCAUCUGAGUGCAACUUCUGGGAGUCCUCUGUCCAUCCAGAUUCACAGACAGAAAUAAAGUUAUCCCAAAGUCCAAAUGAAACUUCAGUUCAACACUUAACAUCUGAUGAGGAGUGUGUGUUUGCUGCUGUUGGGAAAGGCAUAUACGUAUAUAAUCUUCAAGUGAAGCGUGUGAUUGCCUGCCAGAGAACUGCUCAUGACUCCUCUGUACUGCACAUUGAGAAGCUUCCAAACAGGCAGCUGAUAUCCUGUUCAGAAGAUGGCAGUGUUCGCAUUUGGGAGCUCCGAGAAAAGCAGCAGGUGCCAGCUGAACCAGUUCCAACAGGAUUUUUCAACAUGUGGGGAUUCGGAAGGGCAAACAAACAGGCAAACCAAGCUGCUAAGAAGACGCAGGAGAAUACAACUAUGCAUUUUUUGGAGCUGGUUGGUGAUUUGAUCGGUCAUUCAUCAGCUGUGCAGAUGUUCCUGUACUUUGGUGAACUGGGGCUGGUUACAUGCUCUGCUGACCACCUCGUUAUCUUGUGGAAGGAUGGUGAACGGGAAUCUAGACUACGGAGUUUAACGUUAUUUCAAAAAUUGGCACAGAAUGGUGAUUUGCAGCUCAAAUUUUAAAUAGCUUGAAUACAGGCUAAAUAUCCAUAAACUGGAUGUGCUUUAAAUGUGAGUGUAAAGGAAACUCUGAGCUACUGGGAAUGUGACUAUCAAUAAGGUUUACACUUAAUGUCAUGGAUUAUAUUGGAAUUUUUAUGGCUACUACUCUUCUCAAAGGAGAAUUUUGCAUGUUGAAACUUACUUGGCUUUAUCUGUCAGCAGAAAUGGUGUUCCCUUAAACGACUGAAGAUAAUGAUGACUCGUUAAAUAGUUUCUAGUAUUAUUCCUAAUGUUUAAAAAAUUCAUGGGUGGAUGUCAAAAUUAAGAGUUGUUAAAAAUACUUCGCUGGGUGAUAACUGAAGCAGCUGGAGCUAUUCCACAAUGCUCUAUGUGGAAAAGAGGCACAAGAACAAAUUGAAGACUUUCUGCUUUAUGUAAUUUAUUUCUUACAGCUGAAGUCUGAAAGACUUUAGUCACUGAUGGCUCAGAGUUAAGUAUCUACCAAAAAAAGACAGUUUUCAUAGAAUUUUUGCAUGUGAAGUUACACCAAGGGUUAGAGGAAGAAAGAAAAGUAGGCAAUACCAGUUUGUCAGGUCUGCCUGUUGGUCUCUAUCUAAUGCAUUGUUUUGCCUGGUCUUCAUCAGCAAUUGCAUUUUUAGCUACUCUGUGAAAGGUACAAACUGGGGGGAGCAGUUUCUCUUUGACUUUUUUUUUUUUCCUUAUUUCUAGUGGGAAAUAAUUUAGUUGUUCAUAAAUUGUGUAUAUACGUUGUUACUAAAACUUUACAGUGAAAGCUUAUAAAACUUUUUUUUUGUUUUUUGAGAGGCUACUGCUAUCAUCAAUUACAACUAGAAUGGAUGAACAUCAUCUUUUAUUAUCUUUUCUUCCUUUACCGUGAUAAUAACUAUUUCAUCUUUAUGUGACUGUUUUUGAGUGAGUACCUGGUAGAGAUACAAACCUAUUUCACUGAACAGUUCUAGUCACAAAACUCAUUGUGCAUUUUACAGGGAUGUAAUUCAGUCUUAAAUAGUCCUACAUGCAUGUAUAAAUAUUUAUAUCUACCAAAAGUGCCAUUGUUCUAUUGCUGGUAGUAGAUCUCCUAAGGGACUCCUCCGUUAAAGUUUGUUGAGUUGAAAGAAUUAAACAGUUGUUUUUCACAUGAAUUUUGAGCGUAACAAUGAACACAGUAGGGUGAUACUGUCUGACUCCGGUUAAAUAAGAAUUUGACACUUGCUGUUAAGUGCAGUGAGCAGAAUUGGAGACCAGGUUAGAAAUUUUACUUCCAUCUAGUGUCCUUUGUCACUGUCAUUGUCACUUUGUCAUUGGUCAUAGCCAACAUGGGCUCACAAAGGGAAAGUCCUGUUUAACUAACUUAAUUUCCUUUUAUGACAAGUUUAUCCAUCUAGUUGACCAACGGAAGCCAGUUGAUGUAAUCUUUUUGGAUUUCAGCAGUUUUUUAUACUGUUUCUCACAGUAUCCUUCUGGACAAAAUGCCCAUACAUUGUACAUAAUAUAAAUACAUUAUACAGUGAACAAUUAGGUGAUGAGCUGGGCUUGAAUUGUUGUAGUAAAUGGGGUUAAAUCAUGGGCCACCACUAUCUAGGGUUCCUCAAGGCUCCAUCUUGGGGCCAGUACUUUUCUGUGUUUCUAUAAAUUGUCUGGGUGCAGGACUCGAAUGCACACUAUAUAAGUUUGCAAGUGAUACUAAAGUAGGAGGAACUGUUAACUCCCUUGAGGGCAGAGAGGCCCUGCGGAGAGAUCUUGACUAGUUAGAGGUCUGGCAAUCACCAACCGCAUGAAGCUUAACAAGAGCAAGUGCUGAUUUCUGCACCUGGGACAGGGCAGCCCUGGCUACACGUACAGACUGGGGGAUGAGAGGCUGGAAAAGCAGCUCUGUGGAAAGGGAUCUGGGGGUUCUGGUCAACAGCAAGCUGAACGUGAGUCAGCAGUGUGCCCCGGUGGCCAGGAGGGGCAACCCUACUCUGGGGUGCAUCAGGGGGAGGAAUUCUCCUGCUGUGCUCUGUGUUGGUGUGGCCUCACCUCUAGCACUGCGUGCAGUUUGGGGUGCCACAGUGUAAGACGGACAUAAAACUAUUAGAGAGCUUCCAAAGGAGGGCAGCAAAGACGGUGAAAGAGUUUGGAGGGGAAGACAUACGAGGAGCAGCUGAGGUCCCUGGGUUUGAUCAGCCCAGAGCAGAGCAGGCUGAGGGGAGGCCUCAUGGCGGCCUGCAGCUCCCUCACGAGGGGAGCGGAGGGGCAGGCGCUGAGCUCUGCUCUCUGGGGACAGCGACAGGACCCGAGGGAACGGCACGGAGCUGGGACAGGGGAGGGUCAGGCUGGGUGUUAGGGAAAGGUUCUGCACCCAGAGGGUGGUCGGGCACUGGGACAGGCUCCCCAGGGCAGUGGUCAUGGCACUGAGCCUGCCAGAGUUCGAGAAGCAUUUGGACAACGCUCUCAGACACAUGGUAUGAUUUUUGGGUGGUCUUGUGUAGAGUCAGCAGUUGGACUCGAUGAUCUUUGUGGGUCCCUUCCAACUUGGGAUAUUCUAUGAUUCCUUUUAAAUUUAUUUUUCCAGCUUAGUAAAGCAGAAUUGUGUAUCUUCACCUCAUGAAAAUAAGUAUCUCUAUCAGAAAUAUCCUUAAUAUUUAUACAGGGGAGAGAAAGCUGUUUAAGUAUCUGUGCACUGACAAUAGCAUGAAACAACAGCCUGUGAGUCUGCUGAACAUGUAAGAGUCUGACAAAAGCAGUACAUGAUUCUUGUUUCCUCUGUUCUUAAACAGCACAUCUCUUCACACAAAUUACUUUUUUACUUAGUCUCUGGCUGUUUGGAAGAAACACAUGAUCUUGCAACAAAUACACUGAUUCCACACGAACGCCUUAACUCAUGUAACAGAACUGAGGAUGAACUUUAUUUCUUAGGUUUCUUCUACCAUUGACAUUUUCCUCCUUGUGACAGUACUGUGACAAAAAUACUGAAUUGAAACGUUUUACAUGGCUGUGAUCUUACAGUGAUGCUGUAUUUAACAAAAUAAAUUAAUAUGCCAAG